GAAUGCAUCUCAUUGGCAGCAUCGCUGCAGUGGUACGCAUUGCACCUCCAAAACAUUAUCAGAUCACAGCCCAGUCUCUGACAAUGAGAUGAUAUGAUCUUCAUCAGGGGCUCGUCCUCGCAGCAGCAGGUUGACUGACGGGAAAAAAGCAGAUGGAGAAAAAGAAAAGACGACGAGGGUCAGAAAAAAAAACAGCAGGGCGGGAGAGGAGAGGAAAAAGAGGAGGGGGAGACACGAGAGAGCAGGAGAGAGAGCGAAAGAUAUAGAAAAGAGGGAGGGGAGGUUCAACCAAACAGACCGAAGUUCCAUCUCCACGCUUCACUCAGUCCGGACAGAAGCAUCCGUCCAUCCGUCCUAACAGAUACGAUGCUGCUCCCAGUUUGCACGCUCAUCGCCGUGCUCGGCAUGUUGCCAUCAGGAAGCGUGUCAGGCUUCGAGCGCCUGCCUGAUGCAGCAGACCUGCGCUCUGCCUUCUCAGUGGCCCGCACCAACAGCAUGGAGGGAGGGCCAAAAAUGACAGUGACCUUUGACACCGUCUAUGUGAACAUUGGAGGGGAUUUCGACGCCAAGACAGGCAUGUUUCGCUGUCGCAUCCCCGGGGCGUAUUACUUCUCCUUCACAGUGGGGAAGUUCCCACACAAAGACCUGUCUGUGAUGCUGAUGAAGAACCGAAACGAAGUGCAGGCCAUCGUCUACGAAGAGAAUGCUGGAGAGGAGAGGAAGGUGCAGAGUCAAAGCGUGAUGCUGCAGUUGGAAUUCGGGGAUACAGUCUGGCUUCGUCUCCAUGGUGACCCUCGCUACGCCCUGUACAGCAACACUGGACACUACACCACCUUCAACGGUUACCUCAUCUACCCGGACAUCUACGACUUCCAGAUGCACCACAACCACCCAACCUCCAAAUCCCUGCAGGAGAGAGAGGAGAGCGCCCAGGCCACAGAAGGUGUGAGGGCAGCCCAGGAGGAGGAAGAGGAGGACGAUGAGGAGGACCAGAGGUCGGCAUUCUCAGUGGGACGCACCGAGAGCAUUGUGGGGGUAAACCAGGCGGGUCUUCCUCAGCACCACCCAGUUGGCUUUGACACAGCCUUUGUCAACAUCGGAGAAGACUUCAACGUCACGGAGGGCGUGUUCACCUGUCGCGUUCCCGGCGCUUACUACUUCUCCUUCAACGUGGGGAAGCUGCCGCAGAAGACGCUGUCGGUCAAGCUGAUGAAGAAUCGUCUGGAGGUGCAGGCCAUGAUUUACGACGACAGCCAGGGUGAGAAAGCUCUGCAGAGUCAAAGUCUGAUGAUGUCCUUGAAGGCAGGAGACAUCGUCUGGCUCUACUCGCACCAGAAAGACGGCUUCGGCGCCUACAGCAACCACGCCAAGUACAUCACCUUCACCGGCUUCCUGGUUUAUCCAGACCUGCCCAACACCACCACCGCCAGCCAGUCAAAAGCAGACAGGAAGCCGUGACGGACAUCUCGCCGUGGUCAAAGAUUUUGGAAGGAAUUCAGGCACAAAUGAAACCAGGGAGCGAUUAACACGCCGCUUCUGAGGAUUCAUCUUUAUUUGAAUUCCUUCACAAAGUCUCAGGGACCUUGAACUGAGCGAAAAGCUGCAAUCAGAGUGUUACAUUUUUUUUUGUUAAAGGCUUCCAAGGAACUUCAUCUGUUAGGAUUGUGAGGGCGGACUCAAAAGAAAGGCUUUGGUUCUCUUUCAUUCCAUUUCAGCUCACCUUUCCACAGAGAAACACUUUCGAUUCAGUCCAAGAAGUAAACUUCCUGAUAAAUGCAAAAAAAAAAAAAAAAAAACGGUGACAGUCUCCUCAUGUCAGACUGUCAUCAUUUCACUUUUUUAUCCUUCAGAUAUUUUGGUGCCAGUUUUCCACUUAUCUAUGCAAGCACCAUAGCAUUCUGUUCCGUCCUGUAGUUAAAGUAUUCCUCUACAUUUUCCUCCGUUUAAUAUUAGUAUUGUAAUUCUUUCACAGUUAAAACAGACACAUGCUUCCACAUAAAUCAGAAAUUUUAUAGUGGGUCCCAAAAGAAGCUUAAGUUAAGAAGAAAAUAAAUUAAAAUAAAAAACACAGACCCAAAUUAGACACCACAAUCUAUGACAAUGGAUUUUUAGCGACUUGACAAUGGAGUAUGUCCAACAUUACAUACAAAUGUAAGUAUAUAUAUAUAUAUAUAUA